AUGGCUACAAAUGGUGUCCAGCAUCAGGGAUUCCCUCUAAGCUUUGUCGAAAUCGAGGGUCUGGUCAAGGCGUUCUACGAUCCCGGUAACGCCAAAAAGAUCACUCAGACAGAAGCGACAUUGCGAGUCUUGCAGCGCUCGCCUCAAGGGUGGGAGAUUGCAGACGCACUUCUAAAGAGUGACGACGAACAGGUCCGGUUUUUUGGGGCUUUGACAUUGACGGUCAAGCUCAACGCCGACUCGAAUGAGUUGAGCGAAGAACAUUCCGCACAACUGCUCACUACACUUAUCCACCAUCUAGUUUCACGCCCAUCGUCUUCAAUAGCGACUCGCAAGGUCAGUUCGACAUUGGCACAAUAUUUCGCCAAACCUAUCUCGGUAUGGAGCCUGUGCCUGCGCAGCUUGAUCGCAUCAUUUGCUGCCCAACAGCCUGUGCUCGACGAUGCGUUAGAAGGUCACCCUUCAACAUGGGAUCUGCUGCCCCAGCUGUCCGACGACCAACUGCUUGUCCUGCUAGAUUUUGCUAUGAACCUGGCGGAUGAGGCAAAGAAGCUCUCCGCGAGCCCAAACCGCAAAGUGCACCAUGAGAUGAUUGCCAAUGCGGAAAGUCUGGAGGCGCUUUUGCAUGCUUCGUUUGGACGCGGAUUCAAGUAUUUAUCAGUACCGAUCAACGACCCCAACUACGAUGUUUCGGUGCAGCAGGGAGAAAAGAUCUGCAUCGCUGCUUCGAAAACCUUCAUUGGCUGGAUCUUCUAUGCGCAAUCCGAAUUCAAGCACGUCCCAGAGAAGCUGCAUUACCUCCGAUCUGUCACUGAGCUCGCUUUGACAUGUCUAGAGUAUCACGUCGAAGAUGCUAUGGACCUUGUCGCAGAAGUUCUGGAAAACUAUCCAACAUUCUUCGAAGCAAAGCACCAGGAGAUGCUGUGGGCGGCGAUAGCCGGCCCAUGGGGGCUAGAAAUCUUGAGAGAGCAGGAUGCUGAAACAGUCUCGCUCGCCAGAAUUAUUGUUGCUUAUGGUCAGAUCCAGUUGGACGCGAGGAGUCUUUACAGAGAACAUGACACAGUUCACAACCAACAGGUCAUGUCAUUCCUGCAUGACCUACUAAAGUACACAGAGACCGUCGGCGUAGACGAUGACGUGGCGCCAGUCGUGCUUGACUUUUGGAGUGGUUUCGUCAGCGCAAUUGCAGAAGAAUCUUUCGAAUACACAGAGGGAGUGUCUCUGCCUUCUUGGAUGGAUGCUGCAAAGACGAACGUCUUUCAGGCUGUGUCCGAGCUCGCACAGAAAAUAAUCUACCCUCCGCCCAGCGAAACCAAAGGAUGGGAUUCAGACACCAAGAAGACGUUCAAGGUCUUUCGUAUCGAUGUUCGCGACAUCAUUAUGGAGGCCUACGAAUCUCUCCGCGAUGUCAUGACGGACCAGUUUAUCGACUUCACCCUGCACGCGCUUGGGACAGGCAACUGGCUGGAGCUUGAGGCUGGUCUUUUCUGUCUGAUGUCUAUCGCAGAUGCCUUCCAGGAGCGGGAUGACGAGCGCUUACAUCGUCUGUUCGAGCAGCCUCUUUUCUCGGCCAUGUCUGGCGAUGCCAACAUACCUGCCAUCACCCGGAGAUCUGCGGUAGAGCUGGUCGCAGCUCUCAACCAGUUCUUCUUGCGCAAUCCGCGCUUCCUGCCUCAGGUGUUGCCCUUCCUCCUCAAAGCGUUGGCUCAGCCCGCACUGGCUCACACGGCGGCCAAGUCAUUUGCGUCUCUGUGCUCGGAAUGCAGGAAGUCGCUCACGGGAGAACUCGACUCGUUCUUCCAGAUGUACGAGCAAUUCCUUACUUAUCCGACCGCAGAAGAAUUUACAAAGAGCAAAGUCCUCGAGGGCAUUGCUGCCAUCGUUCAGUCAGCGGACACCGAAGAGAAGCAACUCGUUGGUGUCAGACAGCUGUUCGGCUAUAUUGCGCACGAUGCGAUGAGCGCCAUCAAAGUCACAAAGGAAGGAAAUGACCCAGAACAAGGGCAGGUACUUGCACUGACAACCCUGAAAUGUUUGUCGAGUAUUGGUCGCGCGCUGCAGGCUCUCGACGAGGAAGUUGUAGAUCUUGAAGCGGACUCGAAGGCGGAAACAUCAAACUUCUGGUCAGAAGGGCCAGGCAAGGAGAUCCAGAACCAGGUCAUCAACAUGCUCAGUUACCUGACAUCGAUUUUCCCUGGAAACGAUGAAAUCAUCGAGUCGGCCUGCAACGUCUUGCGCACCGGCUUCAAGGAGUCCCUUCCGGGUCCAUUCGUUCUUCCGCCAUCCGCGGCCGUUGAUUUCAUCACCAAAACUACAGUGCAAACACCACGUUUGCCAUUUGUACUCGAGACUGCGUGUUGCUGGCUGUCGUCUCACAAACACAAGCGACCUGCCGAUUUCACCGUCCAAGCGCAGCGACUACUUCAGCAUGAUCUAGGCAUUAUGCAAGCGCUACAGCACCCUCGCAACGACCCGGAAAUCGCUGUUGGCUGCAUCGAGCUGAUCCAACAAUUCGUUAACACGGAUCUACGCCUUCUUACGCAGGAACACCCGGACAUCUUACAGGGUAUGUUUGGCUUCUCCAUCGAGUCGAUCAAUUCACCCGAGGUCCUGCCCAAGCGAGCAUCUGCAAAGCUUUGGAAAGACAUCUUUGAGUCAACAGGCAACUCGCAUGGCCAGCAUCAAGGCACAUCGCAGGAUAUUGUGAACCACUUUGGAUAUGCAGUGACCCAUGCAUUGAUCACUAAUGUAUGUGGCGAAGUCGACUUCACAAGCCUGGAGCACAUUGUUGCACCACUGCGUGCACUUGCUCGAUCAGACAAGAACGCAAGAGCCUACAUAACAAGCUCCCUCGCAGAGCAGCCUUUGCUUCAGAGAUUUCAACAGGACGCAGGAGUACAGGAGAUGGUACGCAAAUUCAUUGAAGGGUCCAUGAGGAACGCAAAGAGCUCAACUGGGUUCAAAGACACAGUGAAGGGCUUUUGGCAGAGCUGCAAACAGCUUCAGAUGCAACUGCAGCCGCAAGCCAUGGCUCAAGGCCAUGGUCGUUUCGCAUAG